CCCACGCCAGCCAUGCUGCCGCGGGGCGCCCUGAGAUCGCUCCCGCCAAAUCUGCGGCGGGGCCGCUCGCCCGCCGCCGCCCUUUGGCUGCCUGCUCGGCGCUUUGCCUGCGGCCCAAGCACUGAGGGGUGGAAAGAAAAACCAUCUUCCUUAGAUGCAAGAUGGAAAGAUGCAGCAGAAACAGUCAUUAUUGGAGGCGGUUGUGUGGGUGUGAGCCUUGCCUACCACCUGGCCAAAGCUGGCAUGAAGGAUGUACUUCUCCUGGAAAAAUCUGAACUUACUGCUGGAUCUACCUGGCAUGCAGCAGGUUUGACAACCUAUUUCCACCCUGGAAUAAAUCUGAAGAAAAUCCAUCACUACAGCAUCAAGCUUUAUGAAAAAUUGGAAGAGGAGACAGGACAGGCUGUAGGGUUUCAUCAGCCAGGGAGUCUUCGAAUUGCUUCAACCCCAACAAGAGUGGAUGAGUUUAAAUAUCAAAUGACUCGUGCUGGUUGGCACCCAGCAGAGCAAUAUCUUAUUGGGCCAGAGAAAGUGCAAGAAUUGUUCCCUUUAUUAAACAUGGAGAAGGUUUUAGCAGGUCUGUACAAUCCUGGAGAUGGUCAUAUUGACCCUUAUUCACUCACCAUGGCCUUGGCUGCAGGGGCCAGAAAAUAUGGUGCAUAUUUGAAUUAUCCAGUUCAAGUAACUAAUCUGAAAUCAAGAUCAGAUGGAACCUGGGAAGUUGAAACUCCACAUGGAACAAUUCAAGCAAACAGAGUUGUGAAUACAGCCGGUUUUUGGGCUCGUGAAAUAGGCAAAAUGAUUGGACUGCAGCAUCCACUCAUACCAGUUCACCACCAAUAUGUCGUUACUGCAACUAUCCCUGAAGUGAAAGUUCUGGAAAGGGAAUUGCCUGUACUUCGUGACUUAGAAGGUUCCUAUUAUCUAAGACAAGAAAGGGAUGGACUUUUAUUUGGCCCAUAUGAAAAUCAAGAAAAAAUGAAACUACAGGAUUCCUGGGUAGCACAUGGAGUCCCACCAGGUUUUGGGAAGGAGCUUUUUGAGUCUGAUUUGGACCGAAUAAUGGAUCAUGUUGAGGCUGCUAUGGAAACGGUGCCAAUAUUGAAACAAGCAGACAUUAUCAAUAUAGUUGCAGGUCCUAUUACAUAUUCUCCAGAUAUUUUGCCUAUGGUGGGACCACAUCAGGGUGUUCAGAAUUACUGGGUGGCUGUUGGUUUUGGAUAUGGCAUAAUCCACGCUGGUGGCAUAGGAAAAUAUCUCAGUGACUGGAUAAUUGCUGGGGAGCCUCCUUUUGAUCUAAUAGAGGUAGAUCCAAAUAGGUAUGGAAAAUGGACAACCACAGAAUAUACAGAGGCAAAAGCAAGAGAAUCGUAUGGAUUUAACAAUAUUGUUGGUUAUCCCAAAGAAGAAAGAUUUGCUGGGAGACCUACAGAAAGAGUCAGUGGGCUCUAUGAAGUCCUUAAGUCUAAAUGCUCCAUGGGAUUCCAUGCAGGAUGGGAACAGCCUCACUGGUUCUACAAACCUGGGGAUGAGAUUGGAUACAAGCCUAGUUUUCGACACACAAACUGGUUUGAACCUGUGGGUCGUGAAUAUAAACAGGUGUUGGAAAAAGUGGGUGUGAUUGACCUUACUCCAUUUGGCAAGUUUAGCAUCAAAGGCAGUGAUUCUGUUAAACUUUUGGAUCGACUGCUUGCAAAUGUGAUCCCAAAGGUGGGUUUCACAAAUAUAAGUCAUAUGUUAACCCCAAGAGGAAGAGUCUAUGCUGAGCUCACAGUCUCUCAUUUGAAACCAGGAGAAUUUUUGUUAAUUACUGGCUCUGGAUCAGAACUUCAUGAUCUGAGAUGGAUUGAAGAGGAGGCAUUGAGAGGGCAAUACAACGUUGAGAUUAGAAACGUUACAGAAGAAUUUGGAGUACUAGGUAUAGCUGGUCCAUAUGCACGGAAAGUUCUCCAGAAGUUAACAACAGAAGACUUCAGUGAUGCUGCAUUUCGUUUUCUACUAUCCAGGCAUUUAAAAAUUGGUGAUAUUCCUGUAACUGCAAUUAGAAUAUCAUAUACGGGUGAAUUGGGCUGGGAGUUGUACCACAGGCGAGAGGAUUCUGCAGCUUUGUACUCUAUAAUCAUGGAAGCAGGCUAUGAAGAAGGAAUUGACAACUUUGGAACAUAUGCAAUGAAUGCAUUAAGGCUAGAAAAGGCUUUUCGGGCCUGGGGGGCAGAGAUGAAUUGCGACACCAAUCCUCUGGAAGCUGGACUAAAAUAUUUUAUAAAGUUAAAUAAGCCAGCAGACUUCAUAGGAAAGCAAGCACUGAAGCAGAUUAAAGAAAAGGGGCUUGAACGGCAACUUGUGUAUCUCACCUUGGAAACGGAUAAUGUUGAUCCAGAGGGAAAUGAAAGUGUCUGGUGUAAUGGGAAGGUUAUUGGCAACACCACAUCCGGAUGUUACAGCUACAGUGCUCAACAGAGUCUGGCUUUUGCAUAUGUCCCUGUGGAACUCAGUCGAGUUGGACAGAAACUGGAAGUUGAACUACUAGGCAAAAAUUAUCCAGCAGCUAUUAUCCAAGAACCAUUGGUGAUGACUGAACCAACAAGAACCAGGUUUCAAAAGAAGGAUGGGACUGCUAAAGUAUAAACAAGGCAGACAUUUAAUUAUUUACAGAUGACAUAUAGGACUUGAUUACUAAUUGCAUAUGAAAAGUGCAAUAAUCAAAUAUUCCAGGUUUACUAAUAAUUAAGAAGCAAUUGUUGCUUUUAGAUGUUGGAUCUCUCUCCCAUGUGAGACUCUAUACUGCUAGUCUGAACACAGAGAAUGGGUUUCCUCUCUUGUGUAAAGGUAAUUCAGGAGUUUAUCCAUUUGGUAUAUUUCACAGAUACUUGGUACAGAGAUAUGUUCCUAAAGAAGAUCGCAUUCACUGAAGUUAAGUAAUACAGAUCCUUCUCUGUUUGUAGUUAUGUGUUGUGCAUGGACAAUGGCACUCCAAGGAAUGAGGGAAGAAGAGUCUAUUUCAGUACCUUUUACCUACACAAAUAAUACAGGCAUGGGGAUAUUUAUUCUUAAGAGAAGUCCAUAUUCCUAUCACAUAUUAACUGUUCUCUCCGGUAACAACAGAUCAGGAAUUAGUGCAUUCAGUAUUUUGUUACACUUAAGUAAUAGUUCACAUGAACAUAGCCAAGUAGUGGCUGUGAAUAGCCAGGGCCUUUCUUUAAAUUAUGCCAAGUUAUUUCAGGUAGAGUUGAAAAUGAGCAGUCCACUAUUAGCAUAAAUUAACAGACAACUCUGGAUUUUUUUGCACAAAUAACCUUUGCCAGGUACAAAGAACUCCACUUGUAUCAUAGAUACAAGUUACAGCUAUUUGUACCAGACAAAAAGAAUAACCAGUUGCCAUAGCUAAAGCUGCUAUUUCUAUUGUGCACGUCUUACUGACUGAACAAAAUAAACUCACACUAAUGUAUCUGGUGCUAACAGGCAUGCACAGUACCAUUUUCCUCAACAAACCCUUGCUCCAAAGGUUACCACAGAAUAGUAAAGAUGAACCUAUUACUCAAGAGCAAUUUGGCUACUGGUCUGAUUUCAGCUGUUCAAUUACUUCAGGGCAUGGAAAGCUCUUUGCCACUAAGGAAAGUGCACCAUUACAAAUGAUCUUAUGGAAUCCAGGAUAUUAUUUUGCUGUCUGUAAUUUAACACAGCAGCAUUUUAUCCCUUAUGCCUAUCCUUACUGAAGAAAAUGGCGUGCUACAGAGCUAAAGUUCUUUUACUCAAGAACUGACCUUGGGAGCUAGCAAAAGGAUUUAGUAGUUAUAUAAGCAAGCAUAGUGACUUUUUUCUAGCCGAGUUACUCUACAAAGGUUAUGUGGUAAUAGAAAUCUAGUUUACUGAGGGAAAUUCAAGGAAGAAUGCCCCUUUUUAUGUAUCGUGCCAUUAGAGAUCAGCACAUAAAUUAGAUAUGAUAGCCUUUUAAGGGUGCUUCCAGCCUUUUUGAAAAAACAGCUUUAUCUUUAGCACAAUCCUCAAGAUUCCUAAGGGGCACCUUUUAAAGCAGUGAAUCUCUUAUAUUUAACAGGAGAUGAGCAAUCAUCCCUAUCCAGUCACAACCCAGCAUCCCUCUAGUGGCUGUUGCUGAUGUCUAUCUUGUGUUUCUUUUUAGAUUGUGAGUUCUUUGGGGACAGGGAACCAUCUUCUUCUUCUUGGUUAUUACACUGUUUUCUCAAAACCACUUUGAGAACUUUUAAAAACAUAAAUAGUAGCAGUAGUACUUCUGUGCAGAAGAACCAAUAGCAUGAUAUCCCAUCCUCACAUAAUGGAACGAUAGGGGAUGCUUUGAUAGUACCGUUCACUGAUUUUAGAAACCGUAAGAGAAGGUAUGUGCUUGAGAAGAGGAGCAUGCAACCUGUAAAGAAUUAAAAGAAAGCAAUUUGUUGCUGAAACUAGUUAUGUUAAUAAAAGGGCAGGGCUAUGGCUUGCACUGCUUAACCCUAGUGCUAUCACAAUAGGAACCUGUCAGACUGGUAUGUGUGCCACCCCCAUUGCAAUAUGCAGUGGAGUUGCACAAAAGUAACGGACACACUAACAGGAAGAACGAUUUCCCAGAAACAAAGUAUUAUGGUUUGUGGGAUGAAGAAAUAUAAUAUCCCUGCAACAGAAGUGAUGCCUUGAAGAAAGACAACUCGAUCCCCCACAACAAAGGAAUAUCUACUUCACAUUUAUGGUGCUAUAAACUGAUAAUUUAGGAAAGCCUAUAAUGUUCAGUUUAGGACACCACUGAAACACAAAGCACUAAAUUCAAGUUUAGUUGUUGACUUUUUAAAAUUAUUAUUUACUUUCUGCUAAUAAAACAAUGCAGUGCUAAAGGAGCUAAUGUAAUCCUAGGCUGUAUUAACAGAGGCAUGAUGUCCAGAUCAUGAGAAGUAUUACUUACACUUUAUGAUUCUAAUGUGAAGCAUUUGAGACAUCUUAAUAUGUAAAAUAAGUAGUGAGUUGUAAUAUUUUAUUCAAUAUGAAAUGUUUGGCAAUUUGAGUAUGACUUUUUGCGUAUUAAAUGGACAUAUACAGAUUGUAAAAAUAGUUAUUUACUAAGCAAUACUUCCUGUGUGAGCAGUGAGAGUAUUCUGUUGUGCCAGAAUCUGUUGGGCUGUGAUUGGCCCAACAUCUUCACCAUUUAGUGAAGGGGCUGGAUCAGACAAUGCUCCAAAUGGGCAUCCUCAAUACACGCAACCCAAAUACUAGUAACUGGGUUGCAGGUAGAGCUGCUGUUCAGACAAACAGCCCCUCACACAAUAAACGUGCCAGGAGGGUGCAGAGCCAUCUGUGAAAGAUGUCAAUAUAAGUACGUUCUUGACACACCUCCCUUUAAUCACAUGGGUUAGAAAAGUAUUGUCUGAACUGUCUCAAGGUGUGUUUUCCUCCUCUCUCUGACAAAGGAUGUCUGUAAUCCCAUGUAUGUUGAAACACCACCCCCACCCCCACAACCCUAUCUUCUUGGGGAGGAGACAUUGAAUAAUCGGUUCCCUGCAGCAGGACCAGGUGGUUUGUGUAACAUAGUUAAUAUCCUCCUUUAAUCCUUGUUUAAAAAUUCCUGCUCUUAACAAAAAGAAAGGAAAUCACAUUUUAUAGUAUAACAUCAGCCUAAGCUGAUAUCAUGUAUUUUUAUUGUAUGUUUAACUUUGAACACCUGUACAGCACAAGCUUGCUUCCAGCAUUUUGAAUAUAAUAAUUGGUCUGCUAAAAGUAUCAUU